AUGACAAUCCAGAAACUCAUGGCUGUCAGAGCAGACUUGCUUCUACAGCAGUCUGAGGAAAUUAUUAGGUUACGAAGGAACGUCAGCAGUUUAGCGAAGAAAAACCAUGAACUUACGUGGCAAGUUCAUGAGCUUGUAUCGAGACUACAACAGUAUCCUCCGCUGAGGAUACCAGAAGAACGAGACCAACACACCAAGCUGAAAGCGAGUAUUAUUCCUCCUCCUCCUCCUCCUCCUCCUCCUCUGAUACCGAAGACAACAGAAGCAACCAUAGCAGGUAUAGCGAUCAUGGCCCUGAAGAAGCCAUAG